AUGGCAUCUCCAGGCUCAAAUGCGGGAGCUGACGACAGCGCGGCCCAGAACAACCUCGAGCAGAUCACCUUCCGUUUCUGCUCGGAAUGCUCAAACAUGCUGUACCCCAAGGAGGAUGAGGAUUCUCACAAGCUCCAGUUCACCUGCCGGACAUGCCAGUACACCGAGGAGGCCACCUCAACCUGUGUGUUCCGCAACAUCAUGAACAGCACGGCUGGCGCCACCGCUGGUGUCACGCAGGACGUCGGCUCAGACCCUACGCUUCCGCGGUCAAAUAAGACCUGUCCUGUCUGCAAGCAUGAGGAGGCAGUCUUCUUUCAGUCACAGCAGCGUAGCGCCGAGACCGGAAUGGCUCUCUUCUAUGUUUGCUGCGAGUGUGGUAACAUCUUCCAAUGA